AUGCAUCCCCUCACGGAUCUUCUCCGAGGGAAACUCAAGAAAUUUGAAUUUCCUGCUGCAGUACGCGCUGCUAUUAACUCGAUGAAAGCGGCUAUCGCCAACAUACUUUCUAUAGCGCAUCACGAUCGGGCAGCCCCACUGUCCCUCAGUACUGACGCCUCGGACGUGGCAGUCGGCACUGUUUUGCAGCAACGAGUAGCCGACACGUGGCAGCCCUUAGCGUUUUUCUCCAAACGCUUACAACCUACCGAAUCUCGCCACAGCACGUUCGGCAGAGAACUACUAGCCAUUUAUUUAUCCAUACUUUAUUCCCGACAUGCCUUAGAAGGCCGCUCCCUUGCCGUCUUCACCGACCACACACCUGUGACUUAUGUGAUCGGCUCGACUAGCGACCGAUACUCUGUUAGAGUCACGCCACCUUGA